AUGGAUGUUUUAGUCAACUUCCUUAUCAAAUGCUUGCCGUGUUUCCCAAGCCUCCAGAAUCCCACGGUAUCUGUCAAUGGCGUGAGGUUCCGGAUAGUUCGCCUUUUGGGCCAAGGCGGCUUCUCGUAUGUGUACUUGGUCUAUCCUACCAACAAUCCUAGUCUAAUGUACGCUAUGAAGAAAAUCAGCUGCCCGUAUGGUAGCCACGAUGCCACUUUUGCCAAUGCCAUGCGGGAGGUCAAUUGCUACAAUCGUUUUGCGGCCGCAAAUUCUCCGUUUGUCGUUAAAAGUGUCGAUGCUGCCAUCAUAAGCGAUCCCUCCGGAGCCAAAACUUUCUAUAUUCUUCUUCCAUAUUUUGAGAAAUCGUUGCAGGAUGUGAUCAAUUAUAAUAUUCUCAACAAUAUUGCUAUGGAUGAAAAGGAACUCAUACAGAUCUUCAUAGGAGUCCUCAGGGGAGUUCGCGUCUUGCACAAGUACAAAAAUAGCGGUUCGGCUGAAAGCGGGGAGAGUUUAGGCGAGAAUGAUGCUGAAACAAUGCUUCUCGCUGAUGCUGACGAGGAUGGUUCGCCAAUGGGGGGUACAGAGCUUCAGGAACUGUGUCCCUAUGCGCACAGAGAUUUGAAGCCAGCCAAUGUGAUGCUCUCCGCUGAAGGUCUCCCUGUUCUUGUCGAUUUCGGCUCCUGUCAAAGAGCUCGAGUAUCAGUAAAAUCUCGCCAGCAAGCCUUGACUCUCACAGACUUCGCUCUGGAACACUGUACUCUACCUCACCGGGCACCUGAACUCUUGGACGUGGCCACCAACGCCGAAAUUACAGAGGCUACAGAUAUUUGGUCCCUCGGAUGUGUCCUUUACGCCUGUUGCUUCGGUUUUUCCCCAUUUGAAAAAAUGGAAUUGGACCAGGGUGCCAAUCUCAACUUGGCCAUUUCGCGUGGACAAUACGAAAUCCCCGAGGAUAGAAAAGGAUACUCUGUCGAAUUAAUGGAAGUAAUAAAACUGUGUUUGAAUGUCGAUCCGCUUCAAAGACCAGACAUAGACCAAAUCCUUGACACUUGUUUGCAGCUAGCUCCCAAUUGA